GUUGCGAGUGUCACUAGGAUUUGAACAAGUUUGUGUGACAGGUUGCCAACUUUGUUCCACAUAAUUAACAGAUUUUCACGAAAAAAACUUUUUACGAAUAGCAGAUGGGCAGUAGUCAGCAGUACUCACUCAGAUGGAAUAAUUACCCAACCCAUGUAACAGGAGGUUUUAGUACAUUGAGGAAUGAUGAAGAGUUAGUGGAUGUGACACUGAGCUGUGAAGGAAAGCGCAUUCGGGCUCACAAAAUGCUUCUUUCAGUGUGCAGUACUUACUUCAGAGAGCUUUUCAAAGAAAAUCCUUGCCAGCAUCCAGUAAUAAUUUUCCGUAAUGUCAAGUUUGAAGACCUAGUGGCUCUGUUAGACUUCAUAUAUCUUGGUGAGGUGAAUGUGAUGCAGGAACAGCUCACAUCCUUCCUCACAACAGCAGAACUGUUGGCAGUGCAAGGUCUGUCAGAUGAUACAGUUAAAGACAAAUCAGCAGCCAUGGCCGACAGUCUCCUGCCAGAGAGAGAGCAAAUAGAUCUCACUGACUCUCCACCACCAGUGCACAAAACUGUUGCUCUGAAGAACAGUGGAUGUUCUGGGUUAUCACACAACAGGAGAGAAAUAUCAUCUCCUCGGCGACAUUCUCCAAUACCAGGUUACUGUGCAACCACAUCUGUCACAGAGUGCCACCAGGAGGCCUUGCCAAACAAGCGACGUCGGCGGUCGUCUCCUCCAAAACUGGCUGCCAUUUUUGGACUGAGUGGGAAGAGUGGCGAGAACAGACGAGAAUGCCCUAUAGUACCUACAGUCGCCAGAAUAUCAGCUAAGGCACCAGCACGAGAACCUGUGGAAACCGCACCCAGCAUACCAGAACCUCAUGUCAAAAUGGAGGAUCCAGACUACAUAGAUGAUUCUCGAACUUCUGCCAACCGGGGCCAGUUAUCAGGUGGAGCAGUUCUGGAAAGUGAUACUUGUUCAAACUUGGAACAGUUUGUAGUUGCUAAAACUGAAGGAGAUUCAUCACUUGCUGUGAAUGUGGACCCUCCCGAUGCUCUAGAUGUAUAUGGCAGUAGCUCACAGGAUGUGGACGCCACAUCAGACAGCUUACCUACAGGAGAACUUCCUCAUAUUCUUGUGAAAGCUGGUCCAUCUGAGGAGAAACAAAAUGAAGAUAUGCGACGGCGCCAGACUUUGUGGACAGGAUCCCUCUGGCAGAGCCUUGGAUGUGGGUCAGAGCAGUCUGUGGUGCACCACUUGACAAGGUCUUCUAUUCAUGGUAAAAUCUGCCUCCAGUGUAAACUGAAGCAGCGAACUACAGCAAGGGGAUCAUUCAAACAGACUCGCUUCUUGUGUGCCGAGUGCAAUGUGCGAUUGUGUAGAGAACCAUGUUUUGACGAGUAUCACAUAGAGGCGGGCAUACCCACAGCUCCAUAUUCCAGGAAUUACAGCUAAUGAGAUGAGCAGGCAUGUAGCAAUGUCUGAAGAUUUAACCAAGAAGUCUUUCCAGCAUUUGGCACUAAAGUACUUAUGAGAUUCCUGUUACCUUAUUAUUUUCAGUCCAGUGAAAUGGAAAAGAUGGGCAUGUUUGACUACACUAGUAAAAUUUAUGUUUUAUUUUAACAGUCUAUGACUGGAAUUGUUACAGGAGAUGACUUUUGUAUGCUUGUGGUUGUACAUAAU